UGGAAGUAACCGUUCGGUUGUCUGCUCAUGCACUGCAAAGAAUUGAAAUAUACAUGUUGCCCCAAAACGAUGCAUGCCUCUUCCUGAAAUCCCGUGCAUGGCAUCAUUGGUUAUCUGGGCUUUUUAUGGACUGUACAUGUUCAUCCAUCAUGCGACAGGAUGAGGUCCCGUCUUACAUCCUACGAGUUACAAUGAAUGAGACGAAAUUCCCUCAGGACUAUCAUGCGUUAGAAUUGUUUGAGGCGGAGUGGCACAUUAACCGACUUCUUAACGAAGAAGCAGGAGAUUGCUAUUCCACCGUCACCCUGAAAAGCAAACCCAGCAAUAGUAUUGGAUUUAACGUAGCGUCACAAACGCAGAUACCCGCUUGCCAUGGCAUCCGAAUUUUUGAGGAAAUGGAGGCCAGUGCUUAG